AUGUCCCAACAUCCUGGAGAUCUUCUUGUUUUCGACCCCAGUUCUUUACGGAUUGAGAAAGAACUCAAAACCUCAGAGGCUUUCUCAAUUUUCGAGGUAGAGCUUCUCGGUCAUCGCUAUGCAUUGAAAGUGCAAGGUCCAUAUUAUCACGGUUAUAUCGACCGACUUGAUCCAGCCAGGUUUCAACCCCAUCUGAAUCAUUUUAUGAAUGACAGCCAUGGUCCAACGGCCAUUUUGCUCGAAUAUCUACAGGAUACUGAAGAGCCUAACUGUGUAAACUAUUCUGAUGAUCGUCUUCGAGCCGCGAUUAUUGGACUGAGGGGAAUCCACGGCGCUUUAAUUCACCACCGCGAUGUCUACCCAAAGAACAUUCUGAUUAUCUGUGGACCCCCGGAGAGUGUCGUUUGGAUAAAUUUCGCUGUUGCUGUGACUUUCGAUUCGGGAGAGUCAAUGGGGCAUCAGGGCGAGGAAUACUGCAGCUUCGAUAUCGAGCUUGUUAAAAGCUUCGGAGAGCUUUUAGAGGACCAACGCCUGGGCCUACCCCCAAAUACGAAAUACUAUUAA